UAAAGUUUAACAAAUAAACAUAAAAUGCAUUUAUUGUGGAUUAUAACUUUGGCCACUUUGGCCAUUUGGCAUUUGCAACUGAUCAAUUGUGAUGAUCUCUCCAUGCACUCUCAAACACAAACCACAAAUGGAGGCUUACAAAGUAUGGGCGUAGGUGGGCCCGGCCAAGGCUCCAUAACCAAUCCCUCGAACCCGCUUGGCAGUUCACUGCACAACCAGAAUCCCUCUAACACAAAUCUCAAUCAAUUAGCUGGUAAUAGUUCACUUUUAAAUACUCUUCUGCAAACAACGGGCAAUGUGGGACUGGGUGGUCUGAAUGGCAAUAUUGGUGCCAUGGGUGCCAUUGGCGGUUUGGGCUCUGUGGGCAGUGGCUCUACUGGUUUAAUGGGUCAUCCUGGCGCUGGAGUUGGAGUUGGUUCUCAUGGCGUUAGUUCUGGUGGUGGUGUACAUCAUCAUGGUCAUGCUUUAGCGGGCUUGGCUGGUUUGGGCAUCAUUGUGCCCGGUCAUCGAGGCAGCAGCACUGCGGAUACAGGCGGUCGUUAUAAUCCGCCUUAUUUGGGCUCCAGCAACCUGGAUAUGAUGGGUGGUGGUGGCAAUGGUAUGCAACAGGGAGGUGUUGUUCCUGUUGGAGGUUCACAAUAUUACGAACAGGAAAAUUUCAUUUCUGAACAUACCGUUAUGGCCGUUUUCACCUCACAGGGACAGGUGGGUGGACCCUGCCGUUAUAUGCCGGCUACACGACGACAAAAUCAUCAGUGUCGCAAAGAAUUCGGUCUGCCGGACACCAUACGUGAGGCCAGACGUUUGGCUACCACACAUUGUGAGGAUCAAUUUCGUUAUGAUCGCUGGAAUUGCUCUAUAGAAAUCAGAGGAAAACGCAACAUUUUCAAAAAACUUUAUAAAGAAACAGCAUUUGUGCAUGCUUUGACAGCCGCCGCUAUGACACAUUCUAUAGCGCGUGCCUGUGCUGAGGGUAGAAUGACCAAAUGUAGUUGUGGACCCAGAAAGCAAAAUCGGGCAGAUCAAACAUUUCAAUGGGGAGGCUGCAAUGACAAUUUAAAGCAUGGCAAACGGGUGACACGAAGUUUUCUAGAUCUGCGUGGAGGAGAUAGUGAUGAAGUCACCGAAAUAUUGCGACAUGAUUCAGAGGUCGGCAUAGAGGCUGUAUCCACUUUAAUGAAGGACAAAUGCAAAUGUCAUGGUGUUUCUGGUUCUUGUUCGAUGAAAACGUGUUGGAAGAAAUUAUCAGAUUUUAAUGCCACAGCCACGUUACUGAGACAGAAAUACAAUCAGGCCAUACGAAAGGCACCCAAUGCACGCACAAUGCGCAGAGAGGCUCCCUCAAGUCGAGUGAAAAAACCCAAACAACGACGGAAGAAACAACAACAAUCGCAGUAUACAACGCUAUACUAUUUGGAAACCUCACCCACUUACUGUUCCGUUACUAAGGAUCGUCAAUGUCUGAAUCCAGACAACUGUGCGAAUCUGUGCUGUGGGCGUGGCUAUACGACACGCGUUUUCAAGCAAGUGGAAAAAUGUCGCUGUCGCUUCAACAACGGACGCUGUUGCCAAUUGAUCUGCGAUUAUUGUCAACGCUACGAAGAUAGAUAUUUUUGUAAAUAGAUUAUUUCUUCAUCGUUUUUUUAAUUUAAUUUAACUUAACUCAUCUACUUCUUUUUUUGUAUUGUAUUUUAUUUCAUUCCUAUUUAUAAUAAAUGUGUGUGUGUAUGUUGACGAAUUAAGUAGUAGUGUAGACAUAAUGAUGCUGAUGAUAAUGAUUGACAGACACCCAGUCCAUCAUUCAUCUACUUAUCAUUAUUUUAUUUUUUAAUUUCACUCAUUUUUUUAUAUAUAUCUAUAUAUGUAUACAUAUAUAAAUAUAUUGUCCGGCGACAUCACCACCAAGAUGGCAUAACUGUAUUAAAAAUCGAAAUAUUUUUUAUUUAAUUGUAUGAUAAAAUAAUGGAAAAAAAUGGAAAAAAAAAUCGAAAAACCAAACGAAAACAAAAACUUAUUUAAAAAGCAGUCACAAAAAAAUAUAAUUAAUAAUUAUAAUAAUUAUAAUUUUAAUAAUAUAAAAUAAUAAUAUCGUAACUUUAAAUAUUUUUAAUUUAUAAAAUAUACAAUAAGAACAACCAACAACAACAAAACCAAAAAAUAAAUAAAUAAAUAAAAAAAAUUUCAAAUAAAAUAGAAAAAAAAACCAGCAACUGAUACGAUUAAUUUAAAACCAAAAUAUAAACAUCAAACAAAUAA